AGCCGCUAAUGAAUUGAAAUAGUUCUUUAAUAAAUACAAAUGGAUUUAGAAGAGAUUAUAGCAAUACAUGUGGAAGCCAUCGAAGUGAUUUUAAAUCAUAUACUUUAUGUGCGCGGCGUUUAUCCGGCACAAAUCUUUAAGAAACGCCGAGUCUACAAUACCCCAGUCUUUAUAGUCGCCUUCCCAGCCUUGAAUCCUUACCUGGCAAAUAUUUUGAAAACUGUGCAGAAUUUGUUGACAAAUGCGGCGCAACAAUUAAAGAUAGAAAUAAUUAUAUACUCAAACGAAUCGGAACAUAAGGAGAGCUACUUUCUGGAAAUGGAGCCACUUCAGGCUGAUCCCACACAAGACCAGUAUUUAAUGGAUUACGAGCAACAGUUAAGGUCAGCUCUCUACAAAUUCGCUGAUCGCGUGAAACAUUUGCCAAAACUUGGCCAGAACGCCAAGUUUAAGGUCCAUAUACAUACAACACAGACGACAUUUACGCAGCUUAGCCAUAACGCGCAAUACCAGGAGUUUCCCUGGCUGCAGUCAACUGAAAGUCCGCACCAGCUGAAGUCACAGAAAUUCUCUCUGCUGCCCUUGUCUAAAGUUGAUAAAGUCGGUCUGCGAAUGGCGGCAUAUAUAUGCAAUUAGUUUUACAAUUUUAAUCAUUAAGAAUU